AUGGUUCGGUUGACUGAUGAACAGAAAAAGUUUUACAAAGAAAAUGGAUACAUUCAUUUAAAAAAGUUGAUAAAAGACGACGAACUGAAAACAUUAUCACAGGAGUAUGACAACUUGUUCAGAAGAAAGAAUCAACAGAAAAUAGAGAGUCUGUGGGUUGGUGGAGAUGAUAACUUUAGAGAAAGCGAUAGUCCUUACACUGUUAAAGGUAUUCACAACUUGCAAUACCACCACGCUGUAUUUGGCAAGUUACUGUAUAAUGACGACCUUCUAGAUGCACUAGAAGAUGUUAUGGAUACAAAGAAUAUAGCACUACACCAUACCAAAGCUCAUUUUAAACCUCCAGAAAAAGGUGGUUCAUAUCCCAUGCAUCAGGAUUAUCCAUACUUUCCAUACAAAAACGACUCGAUGGUAGCGGCCUUCAUUCAUUUAGAUCCUGCAAGCCCUAAAAAUGGAGGUUUGUUUGUGUACCCGGGCUCACACAAGUUAGGACCGCUAGAAGAUUUUGGCCCUAAAGAAGGAAGCAAUUUUCACUAUGUGGAUCAGAGCAAAUAUCCAAUCGAGAAGGCGAUUCCAGUGGUGGCUGAAGCUGGGGACGUAGUUAUAUUUUCCUAUCUUUUGAUACACGGCAGUACACCGAACACAUCUGAUUGUCCAAGACGAAUGUUCUUAGCACAAUAUUAUGAUGCUCAUGAUUAUCCUGUCGGUGGAGAACCAGGUCAGCCUGGACGUGGGUGGCUGCUGCGUGGAGUUAACCAGCAUAGAGACGCUACUGUUGCUAACCGAAGAAAGGAUUAA